GACAAAUUUGUCUGCAUCUUUUUAGUAAUGAUGUUCAGAUUUAGGUGUAGUCUACCCUCACGAAACUAAACCAUUGUUUUAGGGGAAAAACAAACAAACAAACAAACAAAAACCCACUUUUGUUUUUACUGUAGUAAAACAAUACAAACAAUAAAGGCACAGCUAGACAGUUCAAGUUGUAAAUCGAGUUCAGUUAAAUACAUGAUCAAAGACAAAUACACAAAUAAAUACAUGAUCAGAGAUCAGUAGCCUACACAAAAUGUAUUGCAUUACUUACGCCGUCUAAUGCCUGUCUGUUUUCGCAACUGGCGGCAUCGAUUGACGUCUUGCGCGUGCACGCAAGGGGAAUCAGAUUCUGGCAGGGACACCUGUGCCAUCCUUGUGGCCCAUAGACUGUAAAAGCCACGCCCCUGAUAUGAGUUGGAAACGCCAUUCUUCCACAGAUAACAGUAUGGGUGAUUGCACGGAUUCCGUAUUUCUCCGACUGUAAGAGAUUUCCGCGUGGCGAGAUCGUACUGGCCGCAGUGACGGAGAUUAAUCUUUGAUCAAAGUGUGGGGGAGGAAGAUAUCACACCUGGACAAUCCAGUCCGCUUCCGGAUUUUCAGUCUCUUUAGUACGGUGACCAUUUGAAGUACAAGCAGGUUAAUACUUUUUCUCUGUUUUACAGACCUGAAGAAAAUGAAUGCUGAUAAUGAAUCGGAGGAAAGCAGCUCAGAAACUGGUUUUAGUGAAGAUGAGAGAAGGAGAAAAAAGGGAAAACAAAGAUGCUCCAGGGGGAGUAACAACGCAUGGUCAUUUCCCGACCAAUUCAAUCCAAAGAGAAGCAAUGGCAAUAAAAACUGCAACCCUGUGGACUUUGAAUUUUUCACAGUUGAAGAGUUGUAUGAUUGCUUCUGUGAAAACAAAACAAAGAUAUCUACAAUAGAAAAGCCAUUGAUGUUUCUCCGCCAUCUCAAGGACAAUAAACUCAUUACAGAUGAGCUUUAUCAAAAGCUUGAGAACAGCAAUGAUGAUAAUGACAUGUAUCAUGCAUUGGAGUGUAUUCAAAAGUGUGGACAGGAGGAGGUUAAAAAGUUCUGGAAAUGCGUGGACCAGGAGCACAUUUUACAGCGUUACCCGCAACUUUCUGAUAUCACUACAACUCUGAAGAACUCUCUCAAGAGUGAGCCAAGCAAAAAAACACGAGAGAGAUCUGAAGAUAGAGACACAGGAAGGGAAAGAGAUAUUAAAAAGAGGAAGACAGAAAGCAACUCUGUGAGUAACCAAGCUGGCCCAUCAUCACAAAGCACUAAAAACCAGAGGAAGAAAUUUGAACAUGUGGAGAAAGGUUCUCUGAAAAAUGAGGAAGAAAAGGACCUCUGGGAUAUGCCUAAACACAAGAAAUGGCUUCCUGUCACAUGUGGGGAAAAAGAAGCCCUUCUUGACAGAGAAGUACUUCGUAGAUAUGACAGAAACAAGAAAUGCAUUAAAUAUCGCAAAGAAAUGAUCGCCCCUUAUCAAUUUGAGGAAAUGGCUGGGAGAGGAACAUGGAAGAACUGGAAAACAAGUAUAUUAUGCCAAGACAAAAAACUCAAGGAUCUUCUAGAGGAGGGUAUUUUGGAAAUGCCGAAAACUAAGAGAAGGAAUACUUACCGUGAAUGAUGUACCAUAAAGAGUCACAACAUUGGUUUCAUAAAAACACCAGUUUUUUUCUCUUUUAAUAAAAUCCAACAUUGAAUUGAC